AUGCGGCAUAAACUACUUCUUGUUUUACUUUCCUAUUAUUACAUGAUUAUGCAGAUCUUCAGCAAUGGUAUGUACAAUAGCAUAGAGCACAGGUCUAUGGUGAAUGCAGUGAAAGAAAGGAUCUCCAUUGCCAUGUUCUUCAACCCUAAAUUUGAAGCAAAUGUUGGACCAGCANACAGAACUGUUACAAUGGAGAACUACUUUAAAGACUUUUUCUCUCGUAAACUCGAUGGGAAGUCAUAUCUGGCGCACAUGAAGCUGAAAAAUUCAGAAAGUUACACCAUUUGA